CAUCCUCUCCUCAGGCUGUGUGGUGCUACAGGAACAUCUCAGUUGCUGUGUGGAGAGAUUUGACGGAGGGACACUCCUGUACAUGGACCAUCAUCAUCACUGCGCUGCAACACACACAUUACACUCACACACACACACGUAAUGCCUCGGUGGUGAAAUCCGGACGGACACAAAAAAACACGCAUGUGAAUAUUUUUUUUUUUGUGCAUGUCAGGAGAGGAGAGAGGAGGAACUAGUCGCCGGCUCGCGUCUAGCACUCUAUGUAUAUCACUCUAAUUCAUCAGAGGCAUGUGGAAUCGCACCAGGAUUAGGAAUUGCUUCCCAAUAGUGUGCCUGCUGCUGUUGACGUUAUGGACCGAGGUGUCCCAGUCAACCGGCUAUUUCGAGCUGCAGCUGAUCUCCGUGGAGAAUGUAAACGGCGAGUUGGCGGACGGAGAGUGCUGCGACGGCUCCAGGAGCUCCCAGGACCGGCGCUGCACCAGAGACGAGUGCGACACUUACUUCAAGAUGUGCCUGAAGGAGUACCAGACGGAGGUCAACACCAAAGGCCAGUGCACGUUUGGAGCUAACUCUACGCAAGUCCUUGGUGGGAAUAUGUUUUCUUUUAAGGGAGCAAAGAACAAAAUCGACGAUGCUGGCAAGAUUUGGAUCCCCUUCAAUUUCGCCUGGCCGCGGACGUACACGUUGAUCUUAGAGGCCUGGGACUGGGACAACGGCACACGCAACAUUGAGGAGGAGCUGAUGAUCGAACGCAGCAUUCACACCGGUAUGAUCAACCCCGGCGACCAGUGGCAGACCAUCCUGCACGACGGGCCGGUGGCUCGCUUCAUCUAUCGCAUCCGAGUACGGUGCAACGAUAACUACUACAGCAACAAGUGCAACAAGCUGUGUGUUCCUCGCGACGAUUACUUCGGCCACUAUCGCUGCGAGCCUUCGGGGGCUCAGGUGUGCCUGGACGGCUGGAUGGGCUCAGACUGCAGGACAGCAAUCUGCAAGCAAGGCUGCAACCUGUUACAUGGCAGCUGCUCUGUCCCAGGGGAAUGCAAGUGUAGCUACGGCUGGCAGGGCCAAUUCUGUGAUGAAUGUGUGCUCUACCCGGGAUGCGUCCACGGGACCUGCCACAUCCAGUGGCAGUGCAACUGCGAGAGGAACUGGGGUGGCCUGCUGUGCGAUAAAGAUCUGAACUACUGCGGUCGCCACCAGCCGUGUGUCAACGGAGGAACCUGCAUGAACACCGAACCAGACGAGUACUACUGCUCCUGUCCACAGGGAUACUCUGGCAAGACCUGUCAGAUAGCCGAGCACGCCUGUGUGUCUGAUCCUUGCGCCAACGGUGGGACAUGCCACGAGGUUUCCACAGGGUUCGAGUGCCAGUGUCCGCCGGGCUGGGAGGGUCUGACCUGUGCCAACAAUUUGGACGAGUGUGCAUCCAGUCCAUGUGCUCAGGGUGGAACCUGCAUCGACCUGGAGGACGGCUUCGAGUGUGUGUGCCCUCCACAGUGGGAGGGAAAGACCUGCCAGAUAGAUGCAAAUGAGUGUGCAGGAGAUCCCUGUGAAAACGCUUACUCUUGCAAAAAUUUGAUUGGCGGAUAUCACUGCGACUGUUUUCGGGGAUGGUCCGGACAAAACUGUGACAUCAACAUCAACGGCUGCCACGGUCAGUGCCUGAACGGAGCAACAUGCAAGGAGGGCCCGAGGAGUUACCACUGCCAGUGUCCUGCCGGUUUUGUGGGCACUCACUGUGAAAUCCAGAGGAACAAGUGUGACAGCAGACCGUGCCAGAACGGCGGCCAGUGCCACGCGGUGUUGGACGGCUUUGUGUGUCAGUGCCCACCACAGUUUGCUGGACAGCUGUGUGAGAUCUCUGGCUGGUCCCCCUCAGAUGCUUGUGAUCCAAACCCUUGUGAGAACGAGGCCAAGUGCCACAGCAUGGACCAGGACUUCUACUGCGCCUGUCCCGAAGGCUACGAGGGAAAGACGUGUGAGCGGCUCAAAGAGAACUGUCAAACCGCCCCGUGUCAAGUGAUUGACAGCUGCACUGUUGCUGUAGCAACCAACGACUCAGCUGGAGUGCGGCACAUCUCCUCCAACGUCUGCGGUCCACGAGGACGCUGCAUCAGCCAGCCAGCGGGCAACUUCACCUGCAUGUGUGAUCCGGGUUUCAGCGGCAUCUACUGUCAUGAAAAUAUCAACGACUGCAUCAGCAACCCCUGUGGAAACGGAGGGACCUGCAUCGAUGGAGUGAACUCCUUCCAGUGCUUCUGUCCUGACGGCUGGGAGGGUCGACUCUGCGACCUCAACGUCAACGAGUGCAGACACAACCCGUGUAAGAACGGCGGGCGCUGCGUCGACCUGGUGAACGACUUCUACUGCGAGUGUGCCGACAACUGGAAGGGCAAGACCUGCCAUUCCCGCGAGAGUCAGUGUGACGCAACCACCUGCAGCAACGGAGGCACCUGCUACGACCACGGGGACGCCUUCCGCUGUGCCUGCCCGCCUGGUUGGGGAGGAAACACAUGCAACACAGCCAAGAACAGCACAUGCGCCUCCAGUCCUUGUUCCAACGGUGGGACCUGUGUGGGAGGAGGAGACACCUUCACCUGCAUCUGCAAAGAGGGCUGGGAAGGCCCCACCUGCGGCCAAAAUAUAAACGACUGCAACCCUCAUCCAUGUUACAAUGGCGGUAUCUGUGUGGACGGAGUCAACUGGUUUCGCUGUGAGUGCGCUCCCGGUUUCGCCGGACCAGACUGCCGAAUCAACAUAAACGAGUGCCAGUCUUCACCCUGUGCCUACGGCGCCACCUGUGUGGAUGAGAUCAACGGUUUCCGCUGCAUCUGUCCGCUUGGUAGAACAGGAGCCCGAUGCCAAGAGUUUAUAGGUAUUGGGAAGACUUGCCGCUAUGCUGGUUUGCAGUUUCCACACGGCAGCCACUGGGAGGAAGAGUGCAACAGCUGCCAUUGCAUCAAUGGCAAAGUGGACUGUACAAAGGUGCUGUGUGGUCGUCGUCCCUGCCGGCUCCAGUCUUCAGGCGAGGACCAGAGACAGUCCUGCCCGGCUGGACGAGAGUGUGUGGAGCACAGCUACCUCACGUGCUUCACCCCCCCCUGCCACCAGUGGGGGGUUUGUUCCAUGGCUAGACCGUCUCCUCCACAAGCAGCCACCAAGUGCCAGCCGAACACCGCGCAUCUGGACAACAGCUGUGGCCGCGUAACGCUCGUCUUCAACAGAGACAAAGUACCACCAGGAACAACAGUGGAGAACAUCUGCUAUGAGCUGAGGUAUCUUCCCGACACCCAAAGCCUGGCAAAAGACCACGCCCUUUUGCUGCUGUGUGACCUCUCCCAUUCGAAUCAGGAUGCUGUAGAGGUUGCUAUAUCCUUCCAGCCGGAGGAUCUACCAGACCACAGUCUAAUCCAGGAGGCAGCCAGCGCCAUAGUGGGCACCUUGUCCAAGCGGCACAACAGCACCGUGAUGCUGGCAGUCAUUGAGGUCAAAGUGGAAACGCAGGUCAUGCCCCCCUCAGUGGCAGAUUACCUGGUGCCUCUACUGUGUGUGGUCUUCUGCUUGCUCUGCCUCUUCUGCAUCAUCGUAUGCGUUUGGUGGACGCGCAAACGGAGAAAAGAGCGCGAGAGGAACGCGCGAUCGGCCGCCGACGACAACGUGAACAACCAGUGGCAGCCGCUUCGGCUCGUCGUGGGACGUCAGCAGCAGCAGCCGCAGGGGCUGAAGGAAAGCAACAGGGAUGCCGAGCAGGAGCGCAAAAAGCUCAUGGGCCCCUCCUAUCGGACGUGUGACGAGGGGGAGGAGGAGGAGGAGGAGGAGGAGACGGAAGGCGAGCUUGAGCUCGAGGAGGAGGAGUGCGGCGGAGGAGGAGCAGAGGCGGGAAAGCAGCCCGUUUCUAAGUACUCUAAGACUGCAGUGCAGUCCAGUGGGGGAGUGAUCUGUACCAUGCACAGCUCCAGUUCACCCCUCAAAGCGCCCCACCGGACCCCAGGCUACAGCCCCAAAGACAACCGCUGGAAAAAUGUCAGUGCCGUCUUGACUGGUCAGAAAGACCUCAGAGACCAUUGUGUAUAAGAAAUUUAAACAAAAUGACUCGCAAUGUGGAAGCGAGAGAAGCUGCAAGGCAGCGACUAUUCUUAUUUUUGGACUACUUUUUGGGAAGAAAAACAGGCUUUGUUAUUUUUAAUAAGCCGUUCUUUUUGCGUUGUUUCCAUGUUUUCGUCGUCACUGUCACCUGAAAUGCUUUUUUUGAUUCAGGAGGCUAGAGCACAGUGAACAUCCUUUUUUGCUUCUGUUCACUUAUUUUUCUUUAAUUAUGUACAGAAGGAGCUGAAAUGUAACAAUUUUUUCAGGAGGCAAAAUAAGCUCUCUGCGAUUUUUUUGUUAUGGCUUUGUACCAUUUAAGAAACGAUGAAUCAUCGAAAAGGAGGAGAAAAAACCAACCUGUAUAAAGAUUUUUUUUUUGUUUACAGAUGGUUAUGAUUUUGUUAAAUUGUCAGCGGUCCUGUUCAGUGUCUGUUGGGGGGGGGCAGAUACACAUUAAAGGGACAGUAAAGGAAGGGUUGUGAGGGAAACGGACUGUUGCAGCCACAGUAACAGAGGAAGCCCUCCCUUUGCUCUGUCUCUUCCCGGCUUUGCCCACCGAUCCACCUGUGGCCGUCAUGCGCCAGCCUUACCAAAACACUUGGCCUGGAGGGGGAGAGGGGACAGAAACCCCAGUGCCUACUAUGUGGCCUUCCAUUUUAUUUUUCUCCUGUCUCUCAGUUGUCUUGGCUGAAAGCUCUGUUUGAGGAUUUUUUUGCAGUAUUUGAGUUGGUAGCAAGUGCCUUUCCAAGAGCCGCGUCGAGGCUCCGAGUCGCGCUGCCCAGUUUGACCUCCUUGUUCUCAAAUCUCAAAGGGAUAUAAGUGUACAUCUAGAGAGUUCAAUUUCACAGCAACGCCAUUCAAGGUAUUUGAUCAAAACAGAAAUGAAUACUCUGUACAUAUGUGUAAAUACUAAAGGAGUCGCUGUGUAUAUUUGAAAUAAGUAACUUAAAGACAAGUCACACAUUUUUAUUAUUAUUAUUAUUGUUAUUAUUAUUAUUAUGAUUAAUAUUAUUUUUAUUUUUUUUACAACGCCAUUCCUUUUAUUUAUGCCAGUCGAAAUAGGCACGUUUUAUAACACUUCAUAUCCAGAGUCCCACAGUUAAGAACCUUUACAAUGAGGUACCACCGAUGAAGGAGUUUCUGACGGGUUUAGAGAUGGUUUGUCACGAGGAGGACGCAUUUCUUUUUGUUUGUGUCGCAUCAAUAGUUGUGGCUACAUAUUUAGUGAUUUUUAGUUACGGCAACUCGGUAAUGCUUUUCAACUUCAACGUUAUACCGUUAAAAUAACUGGCCAAAAGGUUGCUACUUCCAUUUCCAAAUUUCGAUGAUAAAACACUGUCUUUUUCGUGGCUAUAUGUGGUCCAACCAUAGAAAUAGAGUAGGAGUAGAACGGACAUUGAGCUACUUUCCGUGGUCAUUUGACUAGUACAGAAGAAAAAAUGGCGAUUGUUGUUCGUUGUAACGGUGACAAUACACGUCAGUAGGGCCGUAAAGUGAUGUCGUAGCUCCAGGGAGACGGAUGGCUGGCUAGUUAACUAGGUAGCUUGUCCUUGAAUGUGAAUGUCCAUUCUACUCUUAUUCUCUUUCUAUGGGUCCAAUCCAGCUCCCUUUGCACUGUAAUUCCUCUACCAGCAUGGCAACAUUAACCUAUUGGUUUUAGUCAACAGUUUGUUGGCAGAAAUUAUGGCCUGGAUAGUUUUUGAAUGCAAAUAAAUCCUUUUACACUUAAUUUUCUCUAUUGAAGGAAGCCUGUAUUAGUAUUUGGAAGAUGUAUAAAUGAUUCAUAGUGUUCUUAGUAUUUCAUAAUUGCAUUGCAGAACAGAUUUUUAACAUAGCCAUAUUUAAAGGGGAAGUCAAAAAUAUAUCAAAUUUGGCAGAAAACUGCUGCCACACUGCUCUACAUAGACAGAAACUACCAAGCAAGUUACCCUUAAGGCCACUCCUCAAUCAGUGAUGUCAGAGUAGGUGUUUUGCCUGACAGCGAAUGGAGAACGCCUGUUGUGACAUCACAAAUAGGGGCCAGAAUUGAAAAAGUCUACUUCUACAUUAUUUGAUUCAGUCGUCACUUACCCUUUAGUCAUAUUUAACUUCCUCUAUUAGUGAUUUUGGAUGUUUAAUCCGGAUUUGGUUGAAAAGACAAUUCAACAGUAGCUUUGUUGCUGCCAACAUUAAAGCCUUAAAAAGUUAUCAAACCAUUUCUAAACCCCGUCUCAAACCCUUUAGUUUCAGGUGCCUUAAUGUAAUGAGUAAUGCAUUAUUUGUGUAUCAACGGUCAUCUUUUUAUGUUGUUGGUUUGUUUUCACUAUUAAGGAAAGUAACUCUUUAAAACAUUGUGUGGUGUAUAGUGGCGUGUUUUAUUCGCCUGAGUAAAGUACUCUCCUGGUCUCGCUUUGCUGUCAUGGAGAUUUCUGGAUUAAAACACCUGAUGGAAGAUUUAAAAGAAAGAAAAGAAAUCAGUCCACCGUGACUCUUUUGAGUGUCAUGAAUGUGGACGUCAGUAGGUCAAAUGUGGACAUCAUGCAUUAGCUUCAUGUUUGGUUUAAAGGCUUUAAUGAAGGGAACAAUAUUUGCCGAUGUGUUUUUUUUUUAAGUUACCAACUCAGUUCAAAAUGACCCCUUUUUUCAUAUCAUGUCAUUGUCUCAAAACGGCAUCAUAUUUUCUGUAAAUGGGACACAGCAAAAUAAAGAAUUAAAGAUGCAUCACUGCUGGUGUUAAAAGCUGAAUAUGCAUAUUGUAUACAUUUUAUUCUAACAAGGGACAUAAGUUAAUUUUAUACAAAGGUUUCCAUUCUUUUAGUGGAUGUUUCAUUGUUCUAAAUAAUCAUCCCAGUUAUUUAUUAAAGCAGUUUUGACACAUCUUGA